CUGCUGUAUUUUUUUAUUUUUAUUUUUUUGUGGCACAUAAUAUGCGCAAAUCUGUGCACAAUGAACACCACGAACGCACUCUCAUGUCCGGGUUGGCGUAUCCCUCAAAACUAAUUUUAAGACAGCUAGCGAGUAAAAUAAAACGAAUGCUGUGUGCUGAAUCAUUCUGCAAAAUACUGACUUUUUACAGUGUCCUCUGUGGUUAACAUACAUUAUGAGGGCGAACUGUUAGAACAGGAAAAACGUUCUAGCUAAUCUUCUACAGAUAAUCUACUUUAGAACCAAGGAGGGCGUUCACUUCCGUCGCUGGUCUAUGACGUAUUCUGCGGCGGCUUCAAGCUCAAAUGGAUUAGCAGCAAACUAAUAACUCUUAAAAAUUGUAUAAACAUUAGCGACAUUACUAGUUCUAGCUCACCCUUUGUUUUAACGAUGUUAGAUAUCGUUUAGAUUAAAUAGUUAAAAUAAAUCCUCUACAGUGACAGUUUCAUCUCUCCAGCCUGAACACUCUGUGUUUGGAUUUAAAGAUUUGUCUGACAGCUGACAGUUACAGGUCUGUGCUGGAGUGUGCUGGGUGUGUGUGUUCAGGAUGGAGUGUUCAGAUGAGAACCAGCCUGAUGAGGUGCCAGAAGAACAGAGCCGUGGUGCUGAAGAUCACAGGAAAUCUCCAAAGAGACGGAGAGAGAUGAAGAGAAGUCGGCGGAGAGUGAACGGAGUGGAGCAGGUGUGUUCAGGGAGCGAGCGGAGAGGACAUGCAGAGUCACAUGAUACCUCUGAGACAAGUGAGAGCUCCACAAAGAGACUGGACAAGUGCAGACGAGCUCACUUCCUCCAUGGCCCGUAUCCCAGCACACACUUCGGACCCAAAGCCUGCAUCCUGCCCAACCCGACCUCCAUCAUGCACAUCCAGGACCCGGUGAGUCAGAAGUUGGUGUGGAACAAACCGCCAGUCAACGUGUUGGUGAUCCGCAAGAUCCGAGAUGAGAACCUGCUGGAGCCGUUUAAGGAGCUGUGCAGCUUUCUUAUCCAGGAGAAAGGUCUGAGUGUGUAUGUGGAGAAAAAGGUGGUGGAGGAUGGAGCUCUGAUGGCAGAUGAGUCGUUCUCCAGCAUCAGGAGACAGCUGUGCACCUUCAGAGAGGGGUUUGAUGAUAUCUCAGACUGUAUAGAUCUGAUAGUGUGUCUGGGAGGAGACGGUACACUGCUGUACGCAUCUUCACUCUUCCAGGGCAGCGUACCCCCCGUCAUGGCCUUCCACCUCGGCUCGCUCGGCUUCCUCACACCCUUUAGGUUCGAGUCAUAUAAGACUGAAGUGGACAAAGUGUUUGCAGGCAACGCUGCUGUCGUGUUGCGCAGUCGUCUGAAGGUGAAGGUGCUCAAAGGAUCACUUCAGAGGGACCAGGAGAACGGCAGUGUUACACACACUCACACCAACCCUGUCACACUGCAGCUACAGGUGCUGAAUGAGGUUGUGGUGGACAGAGGUCCCUCCUCUUACCUAUCCAAUGUUGAUCUGUACCUGGAUGGACGUCUCAUCACCUCUGUCCAGGGAGACGGUGUGAUUGUGUCAACACCCACAGGAAGCACAGCGUACGCAGCAGCAGCAGGAGCAUCCAUGAUCCACCCCAAUGUCCCCGCCAUCAUGGUCACACCUAUCUGCCCUCACUCCCUCUCCUUCAGACCCAUUGUAGUGCCGGCUGGGGUUGAGCUUAUGAUCGCUCUCUCUCCGGAAGCUCGGAACACGGCAUGGGUUUCCUUCGAUGGCAGGAAGAGACAGGAAAUCCAACAUGGAGACAGCAUUAAGAUCACUACGUCGUGUUACCCGGUUCCGUCUCUGUGCUGUCACGGGCUGGUGUACGACUGGUUUGAGAGUUUAGCAGAGUGUUUACACUGGAACAUCCGCAAGAAACAAACACAGCUGAGCGACGCCUCUGACUCCACCGACACCGACACCUGACUGACUGACACACACACACACACACACACACACAGAGCUGCAUAACGGACUGUAGUUUGUGUAAAUUUGCUGCUGAAUCAUCAUAAAGUGCUCAGUGAUGACGUCAUUGUGUAUUUAUUUUAAUUAUGUGCUUCAUUAACGAGUGUGCUGAAGUGACAUUCCAGUGUGUGUUAAAGCGCAGUGUGGCUCAGUGUGACACGGCGCCUCCCUGUGGACAAACUGCUGCACUGUUAAGUAAAAAAAAUAAUGAUAACCACAUAAAAUAAACAUGCAGAAUCCUGAAAACAAUUAGAGCUGCACUCUUACUCUCACUCACAAUGUUCAUAUUUAUAAAUGUAAAAUAAGAGCAAUAAAGUGACAGAGCCGAGCGGCGCUGAGUGA